CCCUUGUUUCCUGCUGUGUUUCUUCAUCCUUUCUUCAGAACCAUCUCACUCCCACUCCAAACUAGGAUCUACAAAGCAGCUCUUCAGGGAAAUGGCUACCAAACAGCAAAUGGGCUACAAAUGUUGCAUAGCAGGAGUGGUGCUUCUCCUCUUGGCCAGUAUUGCUGCCCUUGUUGCUGUUGCCGUCAUCCAGGACACCUGGGGUGUAAAAGGGUACAGCUAUGAGUAUGGCAUAGUGAUAGACUCGGGUUCAUCACGUUCCACUGUGUACCUCUACAUGUGGCCAGGGGAGAAGCAGAAUGAAACAGGAGUAGUGACUGAGCAAAUGAACUGUAGAGUUUAUGGUAACGGUAUUUCGGAGAUGAAAGUUGACCCAGAGAAAGAUGCCAAAUCAUGGGAGGGAUUCAAAGAAUGCAUGGCCAAUGUCACCAAAGCCAUUCCUGCUGAAAAACACAAAACCACACUUCUCUUUCUAGGAGCUACUGCUGGGAUGAGACUGCUCCAUAUGCAGGAUGAACAGAGGUCCAAUGCAAUCCUGGAAAGUCUCAGAGAAUACCUGCUAUCUUUGCCUUUCAUAUUCCAUAAUGCUUCCAUCAUUACUGGUCAGGCAGAAGGGCUGUAUGGGUGGAUCACCGUCAACUACCUCGAGGGAAACUUACUAGAGAAAAACACUUGGAACAGCUACUUACACCCUACAGGGGAAAAGACAGCAGGGUCCAUGGACCUUGGUGGAGCAUCAACACAAAUCGCCUUUGAAGCCCAGGAUAAUCUCACAGGGCCUGACUACAUGUAUGUCAAACUGUACGGUUACUCUUACAAUGUCUACACACACAGUUACCUCUGCUAUGGCAAAAAUGAGGCUGACAAGAGGGUUCUGGACAAAAUUAUCCAGGAAUCAUCUGACCCAACCUACAUUCCUAACCCCUGCUACCCUGAAGGUUACACCACCACCAUGAACGCCUCAGACAUUUAUGAUACAGAGUGCACAACGAAGCCAAAUGACUACAACCCAGAUAAACAACUCUUAUUGGUGGGAACCGGAGACUCAGACAAAUGCAGAAGCAUUGUGAAGACCAUAUUUGAUUUUGAGAAUUGUUCCUCAGCCCAGUGUUCCUUCAACGGGGUCGAGCAGCCACCCGUCACUGGAGAAUAUAUGGCAUAUGCAGGAUUCUUCUACACUGCUCGGGCAAUUGGGAUGGAUGGAAAAUCUGAUUUUGAUCAAUUCAACGCCUCAUGUAGGAAUUUCUGCCACACAAAUUGGACAGUGCUGAAGGAAGAAAAUAAAGAAAAAAAUAUCUCAGAUAGAUACCUCAGGACUUACUGUUUUGCAUCUCACUAUGUCUUCACUUUGCUGGCAGAGGGUUACAAGUUUGACAAAGAAACCUGGAAAAACAUGAACUUCCAAAAAGAGGUAAAGAAAACCAGCAUAGGUUGGAGUUUGGGCUACAUGCUGAAAAUGUCCAACAUGAUCCCGUCUGAAGUGAAAGUGAUCCUCCCCUUGACAGACCCAGUCUUUGCCGGCCUUAUCUUUUUAUUUUCAGCACUAACUAUCAUAACUGUUGUCUUAGUUUUCAUCUUCAUCAUUCGCACCUGCUACUAAGAGUGUGCGUUACAAAGGGAAUGAUUUGCCAUUGUAAGCCUUGGGGGCUGCUGUUAUCCUGUAAAUUGUAGGAGAGCGCUACAGCAGCAUGUGCUUGCCAAGACACUUGUAGUGAAAGUUACUGAAAGUUAAUUCUCCUAAGGGUAUUUCUUUCCCAGUAUGAGCCCUUAACUGCCAUCUAUGCCUAUUAUGUGACUAAGUCUUUGAGACAGUAAACAUAUGUCUAAAAAAUACUUUUUAAAUGUUGUACCUCACACAAACUCACAUAGAUUUAAGUAAUGAAAUGUUUGAUAGGCAAAAAUAGGUAACACAGGGGUUUACCUGAACGCCGCAGACAUAAUACGGCCAGAAAUGUCCAUGUGCUCGUUCUUGUCGCACCUUAAAAUGAGAUUCUAUAUGUGCUCAUGUACACACAUGGACCCUCAGGCAAAGCAUGAGCUACUCACUCACUGAUUGAUUCUUUUUCUUUUUCCUGUAUUAUACAUCUAGUCGCACUGAAUGGAUCCUCUUUACAUACAAAAUGGUAGCACUUCGCCACGGCCACUUUAUCGUAGUCUUUUAUAUUAUACUGUAGAUAUAUUACAUACACUCCACAUUUAUUGAAUGAAAA